GAGCUGAUGGCUCGAGGUAGAUCAGGACUGGGCUCAGCCCUUUGCCUUGUGGCAGCUGCACUCUUCACCAAGAGUCUGUGGAUGCCAACCUUCGUACAGGUUGGGAGAAGAGAAAUGUUGGCGAUCGCCGUUGCUGCUCCUCUGCCAGCUGUGGCAGCUGUUGAGCCUUGCGCAGUCGGGGCAAACAAUUGCCAUUCCACAGCCAGUGCCAUGAAGCCUUGGAAGUGGCCAACUGGCACCAGCCGUGAUGCUGCCAUCAAGGAACUCAGGACAGUCAUUGAGGCAUAUCCAAAGGAAGGACAGGAUGGCGUUGACCAGGGUGGAUGGUCUUUUGCAGUGGAUGAUCUUUCCAGCAAAGGCUAUGCACGAGUGGAGUUCCUUUCUGGUAUCGGCAACUUUGCGAAGUUUUUCAAUGGUGGAAAGCCCUUCGUUGAUGACUUCGAGGUGAGCGUUGAGGACGACAAGGUCUCGGUGAGGAGUUCCUCAAGAGUUGGGGACAGUGACUUUGGAGUCAACGCCAAGCGCAUCAACUACAUUGCAUCCGGUUUGAGAGCAAAGGGCUGGGAGGCUUCAGGUGUGUAG